GCUUUACUGUGUGUACAAUAGAACCAUUUAUAUUAACAUAUAGAAGAAGAUUAGUUUUAUAGCCUAGUCAGUCACAACAUUAGAAUCAUUUGCUAUUGUUUUUCAGCCAUGACCAUCUCGAAUAUUGUAUAUAUAGUUCUACAUGAUCCAGUGUGCCGUCCCUUUUCAGACUGUAGGAUGGAAUUUUAGAAAACGAUUUCCCAGCCAUUUCUACUGGUCGAAAACGAGAAAGUUUGAAGACUCAGUUUAUAUUUGCAGUUAAAGAAGCAACAGUGAAAGCGCGUGGAUUCGCUUUUAGAGUAUUCGGCUCACGAACGUAAGUCGUGAGUUCGAUUCCCGGCGACACGUCGCGUCUUUGAGCAAGACUCUUUAUUUCGUAAUGUUCUCGUCCACUCAGUUUACAAAAUUUAGUUGUGUCUGUAAUUAAAAAGCCAGUUUAGUCACAUACUUCGCCAAGCAGAAUCUUGAUAACUACGUUAAUCGUACGCGUAUCUGUGGUAUGUUCAACCACUUGCACGUUAAUUUCACGAGCAGAUUGUUCUGUUGAUCAGAUUAACUGGAAUACUGGUCGUCGUAACCGACGGAGUGCCAGUUGAGGCAACAUCAACACAACUUGUGAUUGGCUACUUCCGCUUUCAACACUGCAGCCUCUGUGCUCUAUAACAUCGUUUUAGGAUGUCUUCAUACGAUAGCUACCGACACGAUUUGAUGAAUAAAGUUAUUACCUAUAUUAAAGAUAAUCGUCCCAGUCGUGCGAAAGAAUACAUAAGGAAACAUAAGCUCGGAAAAUAUCUGAAGAACGUGACAAUCGCCAGUGGUGGAAACCUCCUUCAUAUGUGUUGUUCUUCCACCAAUUCAAGACGUUUUCUCAGAUAUCUUUUACGUAAAGAAGUUGAUCCCUUACAAACGGACUGUAAUGGAAAUUUACCUCAUCACUAUGCAGUGCACCAGCUCCUCUAUAUUGAUGAUCCACAUGAAGCACAGUUUGUCUACCAAGAUUUUGUUCAACCAUUUCUGAAUGCUUUCCCCGGUGGUUUGAUACUUAAAAACAGGUUUGGAGAGUCAACAGAAGAUUUGUUGUUACAAUUUUUUCAUUAUCAAAAUAUUUAUCAGUCAGCAGAUAUCAUAGAUGAAAGUGAAUAUAUAAAUGAAGCACAAGCAUGGAAGAAUAAGCUAGAAGAUAUCUUUGAAGAUGAAUAUGAAAGAAGUUGGGGAAGAUACGAGAAUGAUUAUUUUGAAUGUGAUAAAGAGUGGGAAUCUUACGAUGCAUGGGCCAACAGAAUAUCAUCUGAGAGAAAGAGAAAAAAGGAACCAUGGAAAUAUGAGUUCAGUUUUAAGAAAGCUCAUAAAAAGUUACACAGAGGGAAUUCAAACACACACACUCAAAAUCAUGUUUCACGACCUAAAAGAAAACAUUCUGAGAGAAAACUCACUGAAGUGGAAUUUUUGAGGAAUGAAAAGAAAUACAAGAAGUUGUUAAAUGGAGACCAGAAGGAAAUUCUUUCUUAUGAUCGCUUUCCUUGGCCAACAGACAGCCAGGGAAUAUGUCUUUCUUAUGAAGGUGUAGAAUCUCUUCAUAUUGACAAUACAUUAGAGAACAAAAUGCUGGUCCGAAAACUGCAGCGCCGAUGGCAUCCUGACAAGUUUAUACAGAACUUUGGAAACCGUUUGCUUGAAUCAGAUAGGGACCACAUUAUUAAACAAAUUAAUGAAAUAGCCAAAGCACUGAACAAAAUUAAUGAAAAAUUAGUUUGAAAAGCAUGUAUUGUGUUGAAAUUAUUCUGUUGCUAUAACUUCAAACUAACUGUAAAA